AUGGAUUUAACAUUACUAUCUAGUGACAGUGACAGUGAUUUGGAAAUGCUAGCUCAGUUAUCUGACUCGAGUGAUGAAGAUGAAACCCUACGCCGCACUCCAAAGGGAAUCAGAAGAGUGAACUACACGCAAAGUCUCGAUGACGGUGAUUUUACCUUUAGGUUUCGAUUGAACAAACAUGCGUUCAAUUCUUUAUUGUUAGAAAUAACCCCAUUAUUACGACUGAAUGUGAUGCAGGGCAAUUCGGAAAUCGCUGGUUACUUCGCCUAUCCAAACAGGCCAUAUUUAUUAACACCUGUUCUGAAUCCAGUUUCUGAAGCUGAACAUAGGUACAAUGAAGCACACAUUAAAACUAGAAAUACUAUUGAACGAGCAUUUGGAGUAUGGAAACGUAGGUUCCCUGUUGUAGCUCUUACACUACGUUUGUCAAUACCAAAUAUGCAGGCGGUAAUAAUAGAGGCAACUACAGUCCUACAUAAUAUUUGCAGAAAUCACAAUCUAACAGAAAUCCCCUCUGAAGUAGAACCACCAUCUGUCGACAAUAGUACAAUGCCUCAUAAUGUAGCAGUUAAUGAUAUUCCUACAAACCAUAGAACUGAUUUGAUAAAUGAAUUAUUUUAUGACAUUAUAGAAACGUUGACACUCAUUGGACAAAUAACUGCCUUAAUUAACAUUACAGGUAAAAACAAUUAUGUAGAAUAA